ACUAUUAUCAUUAUGUUGUAAAGCAGUAAAGCUAGAACUAAAGCUAGAACUUUUUUUUUCAAACUUAUAUUUUCUCUUAAGUUAUCAUUCAUAGUUUAAGUUGUGUAUUAAAUAUUUUAAAUAUUGUGAGUUCAAGUUUAAAAUGUAGUUUGAUGUAAAUUAUAAAACAGUUAACUAUGUUAUUAUUUUUUAUGUGGUUGCUGAUCUCAACCAUAUUUUCAGCAUACUUUUCUGCUCGUCUUUUGUAUAUGAUUUUGCAACGUAUAACUAAUUCAAAAUCUCAUAGAGAAUCAAAACAAUCUAUUCGAACAUUAAUUGUCAUUGGUUCAGGYGGACAUACAGCCGAAAUGUUGCGUUUAAUGAAUACUAUGAACAAGUUGAAAUUUGUGCCACGUUUGUAUCUAUUAGCCGAUUCAGAUACAACAAGCCGUAACCGUGUAGAAAACAAUGAAAGUGGUAUAGAUUGGUCCAUAGCAACUAUACCUCGAUCAAGAYAUGUCAAUCAAUCAUAUGUAACGUCUAUUUUUUCAACUAUUUAUGCAAUUAUUUUAACUGUGCCUGUGGUCAUAUCAUUCAAACCUGAUUUGGUUUUAUGCAAUGGACCMGGUACUUGUGUUCCAGUUUGUCUGGUUGCUUUCAUGAUGAAAUUAUUCCAUUAUGCAGAUAUAUCGAUUAUAUUUGUAGAAAGUAUCUGCCGGGUAAAGUCUCUAUCUCUUACUGGAAAAUGUAUGUAUUUUAUUGCYGAUUUAAUAAUUGUUCAAUGGCCUGAAUUGAGACAAAAAUAUGGACAAAGAGUCCUCUAUCUUGAUGAAGGAUUGACCUCAUGAAUUUAUUGUUUAAUGUAAAUAACUUCUUACAUUUAAUUGUUUAUGUAAAUUAUUAAUUUAUAUUAAUUAUAUU